GUAUGGAUGUGCUGAGGGUUGCUCUCUGGCUCAAAGUGAGCAUUAAGGUGUUAAGGUUCAUUUUCAGAAGGAUGAAAUUCCAGUUGGUAAAAUCUCUCCCUUCCUGUUGUGAAAUACCAUCUAUCCAUGCUGCUGCACUAGAAAGCGAAGUGGAGGUGGUGCAGCAUCCCAGGGCCCUUCACCACACCGCAGUGCCUGCUCCUGUUGUAGAACUGUCUUGAGUAGAUGUAGGACGGCCGGGAAGGGAGCUAUUUUCCAUGGCUGGUGGCUGUUAGGGGCCGAACACCUGCAGGGAGCGUGCUGCCUUUUCUGACAGCAGCCCAGGAGGCUUGCAAAGAGGAAGGCGCAUCAGUGAUGUUAUAAAAGCUUCCGUCUCCUUGUAUUAAAAUCGCAGUCGUUUGGCCUAGCAACCAGAGAGAGGCAACUCUCGGCAGGAAAAGCCCGGGCAGAGGGAGACCUUUGCAUCCGCAUUAGCCGGUUCGGUUUGCUCAAGAAUAGGCUCAAGAACGGGCGGAAUUGUGAACAAACAAGGCCCAAAACGCGCCGCUCCCCACAGGAACUGCGGGGUGUUUCGUUCCGGAAGUUUAAAUCCAGAGGGAAGCACCGCCCCGGGUCGCGCCCCGCCCUCCGUUGUGCGCGGCUGUGGCGCGGCCAUGGAGCUGCCCCGGGAGCUGCUGCUGGCCGUCAGCGACGAGCUGGACCGGGCCGAGCUGGCGGCGCUGAAGUUCCUCAGCCGGGACCAUCUCCCCAGGGGGAGGCUGGAAGCCGUCCGGAGCCCGUACGACUUGUUCGAAGCGCUGCAGGAGAAAGUCUUGCUGGAGGCGGGGAACCUGGCCUUCCUCAGGGAGCUGCUCUACCGCAUCGGGCGGAUCGACCUCCUGGUUUCCCACCUGGGCUCCAGCCAGGAGCAGGUGGAGAGGGAGCUGCGGGCGCCGGGCGGGGCGCGGGUGCCGCCCUUCAGACACUUGCUCUUUCAGCUGUUUGAAGAUGUCACUGAAAAUGAGCUGAUGUCUUUCAAGUUACUUUUGGUCAAUGAAUUGCCAAAAAGCAAGCUAAUCCGUGAGACUACAAUGCUUGACAUUCUCACUGAGAUGGAGAAGAAGGGCCUUCUGGGGAAAGACAACCUAAGUAUGCUGAAGAGUCUCUGUGAAAAAAUUAACAUCAGCCUGUGGAACAGAAUUGAAGAUGGAUUAAAGCUGUUCGGCCAAGGAGGGAUGCUCAUCACAGAGGAACAGAGGGGCAGCACAGGAUGCCCUGAAAGACAUCUGCUGUCAUCUGUAGCACCUGGUCCUCCUGGCAGUUUUAAUGACUCUUCCCAGCUGCUAGAAGCUUACAAAAUGACCAGCCGACCCUGUGGAGUGUGCCUGAUUCUGAAUAAUCAUAAUUUUGCAAAAGCUAGGGAAGGAGUGCUGCAACACAAACACAUGAAGGAUCGGAAUGGGACAGACAUGGAUGCAGCGGCUCUGAGGAAUGUCUUUAGCAAGCUUCAUUUUAGAGUAGAAGAAUAUAGAGACCUCACUGCAGAAGAAAUCCGUGAGACUGUGAACAUCUUCCAGAGUGCAGACCACGAGGACAAGGACUGUUUUGUUUGCUGUAUCCUGUCUCAUGGGAAAAAAGGCAUUAUAUAUGGUGUUGAUGGGCAGGAAGUACCUAUCAGGGAACUGACCACUUCUUUCACUGCACAGAAUUGCAGUUCACUUGCUGGAAAACCAAAAGUAUUUUUUAUUCAGGCCUGUCAAGGUGAUGCUUUCCAUAAAGGUGUGGCCAUUGAAACAGAUUCUGGAGAGGAAGAUUCUUCUGUAGAGCGAGAUGCGAGGCUUCAGCUUGACUGCAUCCCUGCAGAGGCAGACUUCCUCCUGGGCAUGGCCACCCUGCAGGAUUACGUCUCCUACAGAAGUCCCAGGGAGGGAACCUGGUACAUACAGGCACUGUGCCAGCACUUGGAGUACAGCUGUCCUCGAGGGGAAGAUGUUCUCACCAUCCUGACAGCAGUAAAUCAAGAAGUGAGCAGAAAAACUUGUGAGCGGGACUCAAAGAAGCAGAUGCCGCAGCCCAGUUUCACACUGAGGAAGAGGCUCAUCUUUCCUGUCAACUAAAUGGGAGAGAACUGCAUGGCAGAGAGAGCUGCUGCAGCCUGGAAUUGGCUGGUUUCAGCUCAGAAUUCAGUCAAACACGACAGACUUCACAGUGCCUGCUCUUAGCACAAGGGCAGAUAUUUUUGAUUGAAAAUACAACUACAGAGGAAAAAGCCUUACAAAAUUUGUAUUAACACAUUAACUUGUAUUAACUCUUUAUAUUUGAGAGCAUCUCUGAGAUGGUCUCUGAUUUAUCUCUGAUUUAUUUAGCUGAUCUCAGUGGUUUGCUGGCUAAAAUACACUUGGUGUCCUUUAUCAGCUGUGCCACAUUGCUACUGCUUUCAUAAGGUAUCUUUGCAAGGCAACUUUUAGAAGACAACCUCUAUAAAGCUUUGUGUACUUUAUGCCUAACCUUUGGAAAAUAAAGAGAGGAGUGCUGUAAAUUUUACAGGAUAUA